UGUGAUCCAUCUGUUGUUUAAACAUGGCGACAUGGUGCUCCCUGUCGGUCGUGUUCCUGCUUCUUGCACGCGAAUCAUUGACAGCUCAUUACGAUCCAACAUGGGAGUCCUUGGACACGCGGCCCCUCCCAGACUGGUACGAUGAUGCGAAGCUUGGAAUUUUUAUUCACUGGGGAGUGUUUUCCGUGCCCAGUUUCUCGUCUGAGUGGUUCUGGUAUGAUUGGAAAGAAAGAGCACUCCCAGGCUUAGUUGAUUUUAUGAAGAAGAAUUAUCCACCAGACUUCACGUAUGCUGACUUUGCACCAGAUUUCAGGGCAGAGUUCUUUAGUCCUGUAGAAUGGGCAGGUCUUUUUAAGGAAUCAGGAGCAAAAUAUGUUGUAUUGACCAGUAAACACCAUGAGGGUUUUACCAACUGGCCAUCUAUUUAUUCCUUUAAUUGGAAUGCUAAUGAUACAGGCCCGAACAGAGAUCUUGUAGGUGAGCUGGCAGAUGCCGUGAGGGACUACUCACUAAAGUUUGGACUCUAUCAUUCCAUGUUUGAGUGGUUUCAUCCACUGUAUAAAAGUGAUGAAGCAAAUGGCUUCAAAACUCAGAAGUUUGUAAAUUCUAAGACAUUACCUGAGCUCUAUGAGAUUGUGCAGAAGUACAAACCUGAGGUCGUCUGGUCUGAUGGAGACGGGGAUGCCCCCGCAGAAUACUGGACGUCACAGCAAUUCUUAGCCUGGCUUUACAAUGACAGCCCAGUGAAGGACACAGUGGUGGUCAACGACAGAUGGGGGAAGAACAUUUCCUGUCACCAUGGAGGAUUCUUCACCUGCGCUGACAGGUAUAACCCAGGAAAAUUACAAACACACAAAUGGGAAAAUGCCAUGACGAUAGACCGUUACUCCUGGGGUUACCGCAGAAAUGCUCCACUGAGUAACUACCUGACUAUCGAGCAGCUACUCAAGACCUUUGUGACUACAGUCAGCUGCGGGGGGAAUAUGUUGAUGAACGUGGGCCCCACUAGCUACGGGAAGAUUGUCCCCAUUAUGGAGGAGAGGCUGAAACAGAUGGGGGAGUGGCUGAGUGUCAAUGGGGAUGCUAUUUAUGGAACAAGACCUUGGUCACACCAGAAUGACACAGUUUCUAAGGAUGUCUGGUACACAAAGAAGAAGUCCUCUACAGGAUACACAGUUUAUGCAGUUCUUUUGCAAUGGCCCAAAGUAGGGACUUUUACCCUCGGGGCACCCCAAACAACAACAGCAACUGUAGUAUCUCUUCUAGGUUACCAGGGAAACUUUGACUGGAAUAAGGGGACCGCAGGGGGAAUUGACAUUAAGAUUCCUCCUAUUGCAUGGAAUUUAAUGCCUUGUAGAUGGGCGUGGGUUUUAAAGCUGGAAGGAAUAAGUAAUUAACUUA